AAAAUUACCAAAACAAGCGAGUUAUCAGCAAUUGUGUAGUUUUAAAAAACACUAAACGUUAUAUAUGACGGAAACAUCGCCGUUUACGAGUUAAAAGUGAAUUAUUUAUCGCUAUAUGGACGUUACUGUAGGUAACUACUUCUGUUGGCGGAGGUACAUUGCGCGGUCGCCAUUCGUUGUUUCCACAUGCGCCAAGCGCAGCGUAAGUUCAGUUGAGGUUUGAUUGAUGGACUACAAGCGGAAACUCUACGCUGUAAACUUUUUACGAUGGUCGUGAAGGGCUAGUUUUGGGGGAUUUGUUUCUGUAUUUCACGAGCCGCCUGAAUUGUGAUUUUCACACGGGAAUACAUCCGUCUUUACUGUACAGAUCCCGCGCGGUUAGUCCGAGUUGUCUGUUGAGUUGAGCUUAUGUUUCUUAGCCUAGCAUAUGCGAGGUAACACAAGUUCGGCAUCAAGUGAAGCGAUCUGACGGAUUUGAUCAGGGAUCUGCUCGGGUCACUAACGUUACCGCGGGUACGCGAUGUUAGGGGGAAACGGGACGGCCAGAGGGGCUGUGCGCCCCGGUAACGGAGCGGGGUUGACCCCUCUACAGGUGGGCAGCACAUCUGGGGCUCUGGGGCCGGUGAACCUGCCCGAUGGGGGCAGAUACGACGACAGGCCGUCGGUGGAGGCUGUGCUGAGCGCCUCCGACGGAGACUCGGACUCCGGGGACGACGAGGAGAGUCCCGCGCUGGACAGGAGAGGGGUGAAGCGGGAGAGGAGCGAGAUGGAGGUCGGUGUGUCCUCGGGAUCUCACGCGGGACUGUCUGCGGGAUACGGGGGGGUUUCCUCCGGGGUGGCUGGGGCGAAACCGGGCAAGAAAACACGAGGACGGGUGAAGAUUAAGAUGGAGUUCAUUGACAACAAGCUGAGGAGAUACACGACCUUCAGCAAGAGAAAGACUGGCAUCAUGAAGAAGGCUUAUGAACUAUCCACCUUAACGGGGACACAAGUUUUGCUCCUGGUUGCCAGCGAGACGGGCCACGUCUACACGUUUGCCACGCGGAAACUUCAGCCCAUGAUCACCAGUGAAACAGGUAAAGCCCUGAUCCAGACCUGCCUGAAUUCCCCUGACUCUCCACCGCGUACGGAUCCUUCCACAGACCAGCGGAUGAGUGCCACGGGAUUCGAGGAGACCGACCUCACCUACCAGGUCUCAGAGGCUGACGGGCUCACAGAGCCUAAGGAAAUGCUCAAGCCGUCGUUCACCAGCACCAACAGCACGACCACACAGUCGUCGGCCUCUUCCUCUCCCUCCUCGUCCUCUGUGUCCAUGCACACUCAGAGCGGCGCCACCUGCUGGCCGGUGACUGCAGGGAUGAACGCUCAGAGCGGCUCCAGUGCAAACGGGACGGUGCUCAAAGGCUCUCCCGGCGGAGUCAUGCAGCUGCCCAGCGGAUUCACGCUCAUGCCAGGCACUGCUCUUCCUCCUGGCACACACACUGUUCCUCUCAGUCAGCUGCAGACACACUCUCUGGCCAUACAGACGCACAACAGCACCGUCCCCGCACACACACAGGCCACGCUCUUCCGCCUGCCGGCCGCCGUCUCGCUCACAGGUGGUGCGAUGCCUCAACAGUUACAGGCCAUCCAGGUUCACCCCAGUCCUCAGAGCAGUGACAGCAGUCCUGAGAUCAUCCAGACCUCCACCAGCUCCACUGCCAGCCACACCGCUACCAUAGUCACGUCCUCAGUGCCUUCUUCAGUGGCAGGUCACAUGAUGUACCCCGGAGCACACGUCAUGUACGCUACGUCCUCCUCCGCCCUUGCUGACGGGGGUCUGACUGUGCUCAACACCUUCCCACAAGCCCCUGGCGCCAUGCACGUGUCCCACACUCAAGGCCAAGACUCAGGUGCAGUUCCUCAGAUGUUUCUCACAGGUCCUCCUGGAACUGUACAGAUCCCCGUUUCAGCCGUUCCUCUUCAUUCGAUGUUGAUAAACCAGCAGCCCAGCGGCAGCACCCUCACAGAGCUGCGAGUGGUGAAUCUGGACAAUCCCAAAGGAGACUGACCCAUGUGACCGCUCGCUCACACACACACUGAUAUUACAGGGAUCACUCAUGCCAUGCAAUCAGACUGCCAUUGUAUUUAUUACUGCCUUCUCGCUGCGUGGGGUUCAGCAAGGACGUGUAUUGGGACAUUUGAAGGAUGAUCGCGUCUCCUCAUGGACUCGUUUCGGUGGGUAGUUUGAUAAUAGAUGAUUUCUGUUGGCACCCAUCUAUACUUGAGGAGACGCCUGCACUAUCACUGCUUGGUCUUCACCUGUUUUUGCAGAAGGAUGUACAAUUAUGUUCGCUUUCAGUAAAAUUCAAACCUCUUGGCUGUACAGCAGUUGAAGUAUCUAUCUUUCUUUCUUUUGGGAAUUCCUCUCUUGAUCCGAUUUGUAAUUCACCUCCAUUACAUUUUAAGAUCUGUGAAUCUUUUGAUGUCAAAAAUGAAUUCUUUCAAGCAUCUAUGUUGUGAAAUUAUCAUUAGUUUUGGUAUAGUUUUAAUGGCGGGUUGUGUGUUAUUUCUCAUUUUAAAGAAUGUUUCACCAAGAAAGGACAAUUCUGUCAUUCUUUUCCAUCUCUCAUAUCAUUUCAGAUGCAAAAAAAGUAGUUAUUUUGCAGAAUGUGCAAACUUCUCUCCAUUUAAAUACAUGGUGACUGAUGCAUUUGAGCUCCAAGUCCCACCUUUAUCAAAAA